AUGGGGAAUCAGCCAGGAAGCGGGUCCCCGCGCAAGUCGAAGCGGUCGUCGCUGCAGGGCGUGCUCAACCUCGUCCAAGGCAAGGUCGACGAGGUCCUCGAAGACCACUCGCGCCUUGCGCCCGACAUGUUUACCGUCUCGCUCGCCGGCCACCAUGGCUUGCCCGCGCAGCCGUCGCUCGUGUGCUACGUCGCGGCCCACGAGCUGCUCGUUGUCGCUGCUGGGUACCAGCAGAUCAAGCUUUACGGAGAAGACGGCCUCGAGAUGUUUGUCUCGUGCGUCGCGAACGAGGCGACGGCGACGGCCGGCGCGUCCACGAGCUUCCUGCAACCCACAGCGAACGGGCGCAUUGUACUUGUCUCGUCCGACAGUGGCGUCCAAGUCGUCUCGCUCGAGCAGCUGCAAUCUGGCGCAUCGCCGAUCGUCGCAUCCUUGCCGCCAAGCUGGACAAUGUGUCGGAUCACGGCGGUCGAGACGAUCAAAAGCCACAAGUCGGCGCCGUUCUUCUUCCUUGCGCUUGACGACGCAUCGAUUCAGGUCGUGCAGGAAGAUACCUGCGCAUUCACUACGUACGCGAUCCAGGCCGCGCAGCUCGGGCUUAGCGGCGACGACGUUGCAGUCUCGGCGAUGGCAAGCAACCCGAGCGACGCCAACCAGCUGCUUCUGGCGUACGAAGGCGCGCAUGAGGCGAGCAUCUUUCUCUGGGAUCUCGCCAAGAAGAAGGUGUUGCACAAGGCGACCGUGCCGCCGGCCCAUGGCAGCGUCCAGAGCCUCGCGUGGCACGCUAGCGGCAAGCGGUUCGCCGCCGGUUUUCACGACGGCGCGUUUGGCGUCUUUCGCACCGACAAGCAGCAGAGCGCGUUUUUCCCUACGGCGACGUCGGCUCCGUUGACGCGGCUGGCGUGGGCAGCGACCGACGCCAACUCGCCAGGCCUCCUCAUGUUGGCGUGGACUCCGUCGUCGCCGUCCGUACAGCUCUACGCGGCGCCACGCGACAUCUCGGCCAAGGACACGCUCUCGGCGAUAACCAAGCAUGCGUCGUUUCCGUGGCGCAUCACGUCCUUGCCCACGUCAUCGCGCGUCAUGGACGUCGUCAUGACGAGCCAUAUGACACCGUCUGCGUCAUGCACGCCGUUCACUUGCAUUGCGCUCGUCGGCGACCCCAUGGGUGGCGUGCUGCCUCGUAUUGAGCUGCUGCCCGUGCCAUGCAGCGUCGUCCAGCCGCUCACACCGAAAGAGGAGCUUGUCUGGAUCGAGAUGAACGUUGCGCCCUUCCCGCUCCCGUCGUCGUCGGUCCAGACACCGGCCGUCGCGGCGUGGCAGAUCGUCGAUCUCGGCGGUGCCAACGGCUCUCUGCGGGACGAUCUCUUUUCGACGUGCGAGGCCAAAGCCGGGCCAAGUAGCCUCAACGGGUGGUCAUCGCCGCUUCGGGGUGGGUCGAUCGAGCACGUGACGCCGCAGCUGCCGCACGACGCCUGUGUGCAGCUGCAAGCGACGGAUUUGCACCGCGCGUCGCUGGUCGUCACGGCCCAUGUUGACGCAUCGACCUCUGCCGUGCGUUUCUGGGAGCUGCUGCCACGUCACGACGGCCUUGGCGCCGGCACGUUGACGCUCUUGCAUACGCUGGAUCUUAUGUCACUCGAGCUCACGUCCAAGCAAGUGACCUCGUCGGGCGAGGUGGCGGUGUUCUCGUUCCAGGAAGGCUUCCAGCUCGCGUUCACGCUGCACGUGCACUCGAGUGCGAUCGAUCACAUGGUCGUCUCGGCGUCCCAGGGAUAUCUCGCGACCUCGGAUUCGUUUGGCGUCGUCUCCAUUGUGCACUUGAAUUCGCAAGAGUACAAGCUUGCGGUCUUCGACAUUUCAACCGAGGAGGCCGUGAGUGUCAACGCACUCCUUCUUCACGAGCGUCUCUUGUUUGUGGGCCGCGGCAACAGCUGCGUCGAGCUCUACGACCUCGUGUCCGCCGACCUCCUCACGCGCUGCCGCGUGAGCGAUGGCCCGCUCGAUGCGAUCGCCCACCUGCUCUUGAUCCACGAAAACGGCGCGCCCGUGCAUCCCGUCGCUUUGGAGAGCCGAGCCGACAACGAGACGCACGAUGAGCGCAAAAAGACCGAGACAGCGCACAAGGUGGCCGAGAUCCUACAGAGCUACGCGGCGCCGCCAACGCGCCGGCCAACCGAGAGCCACCAAGGCGUGCGCGUGGCGUUGGCCCCCGGGCCGCUCGGACUCUUUCUGGACGACGAAGUGCAAGACCGCGUCCUCAUCAAGGCGUUUGUGAACGACGCACCCAAUGCAGCUCGUUUGCGGCAACACGGCGUGACAGCUAUGAGCUCGCUUGUCGCCAUCAACGGCACCGACGUCUCCCAGCUCCGCAAAGACGAUGUCGUGCAGCUCUUAGCGUCGCUCAGCACCGAGUCAAAGCUCCUGACGUUUGCGUCACCCAGAAAGGCCGAGACGCCGUAUCUGCUCUGCGCCACAGGCCGGUCGCUCGCCAUCUUCAAGGCCGUCGCACCCGAGACUGCACCGAACGCUGCGACGUCCCCGUCGUCGACACCAACGCUCGCGGUCGAUGUCGAGGCGUCGGUGGAGCUGCGCUCGACCAUUGCGUCUCUGGCGAUUGUGAGCCUUCCGAUCGACGGACGGCUCGACCACGGGAUUCUGGCGCUGGACGACUGCGGCUACAUGUACAUGAUUGCGGCGCCGAGUCUGCGGGUCAUUUGGAGUGCGUCGCUGCCGUCGAUGGUGCAGACUGGCUACGCGUUCGACUAUGUCCAUGUCGGCGUUGCAGCGUCGAGCGCAGAGAUUCUGCUGUGCACGUCGUCGGGUGAUGUUGCGCGCUUCUCGGUGCUCCAGAGCGAGCUCGCGUCGGAGCUGUCGAUGCUGCAAUGGGCCACGACCAAGGUCCGCGUGACGAGCGACAAGCCUGCGCAGCAAUCAACUUCGGCCGAACCACCCCUCGAGCGUCGCAACAGCAGCAGUAUUUUCAAAGUGUUUUCGUCGAGCUCGACCGACGUCGACUUGAACAAGGUGUUUGCGGUGCCGCCCAAGGACCAAUCGGAGCGCGAGCGGCUCAUGGGCGACCGGUCCCAGGCGCCGCGAGCGACGGGUGCCACGAAAGAGGUCAAGGGCAACAUGAAGGCGACGAUGGGGGCGCUGAACGAAGCGACGCAAAACCUCCACUUGCGCGGCGAGAAGCUCUCGGACUUGGGCGAGAAGACGGAGCAGCUCAAGCGCCACGCCGAUGAGUUUUACCAGACGAUGCGCGCCUUCAACGAGCGCGAGGCUAAAAAGAAGUGGUACCAAAUCUAA